AUGUCGGAUACUGGACGCAGUCCUCGCCCAGGUGGUACGCAACUUAGGCAACGUCGUGGAGGCGGAACGGCCGCUGUUUCUUCCGGACGCCCACGCGCUGGCAACAGUAGCGGACUUUGGCGCUUCUACACAGAGGAUUCGACUGGCUUGAAAAUAGGGCCUGUACCGUGUAGUGUGAUGUUACCAAAUGGUUGUCCUGAUAGACAUAUCGACAGAGCCACGUCUUCAGUCAUUCUGGAGGCAGUGUCGGACGGCUGUACGACAGUCGCAGCCAGUUGUGCUACGCCACCUGAGACUGCAGUUGGCAGAUCUGAUCUGAAACAUCCGUGCAAAUAG